AUGAAAUUCAAUCUUUUCUUACUCCUCUUAACUAUCUUUGCCGUGGUUGCUCUCGCGUAUCCGAACGAUCAACGAACGGGAACGAAUCUAUUGAAACGUCAAAAAAAUCCAAACUGCAGAAUUAAUUGUUGUACUCCUGGUAAUGAUAAAUGCGUUCAGGAAUGUGGUAAGCCUACCUGCACUUGCAAUCCCAAGGCUUCUUGCUGUAGAGAUGCUGAUCAGACAUGUAAAGAUAACAAUACGUCCGUAGCUGUCAUCAAUAUCAAGAUUUUAGAUCAAAGUGAUAAUUUACAAGAAGCUAAAACUGGUUUAAAAACUAAAUGUGAACAAUUUAACCCUCCGUGUUUUGGUACUUUAUGA